AUGAAGAACUUGGCGGUGCAAAUGCUCUUGGGACGACGGUUCAUGGUUUUUGCUUCCUUUAUUAUCAUGUCAAUGGCUGGUGCAAGUUACAUGUUUGGCAUUUAUUCAAAUAGUAUCAAAUCAUCACUUGGGUAUGAUCAAACAUCACUCAAUCUCUUAAGUUUCUUUAAGGAAUUGGGUGCCAAUGUAGGUAUUCUUUCUGGGGUUAUCUAUGACCUCUCACCUCCAUGGCUAGUACUCCUCAUAGGCGCAGUAAUGAAUUUUGGGGGUUAUUUUGCAAUUUGGCUUGCUGUUACCCACCGUAUAUCCCAACCCCAAUUAUGGCAUAUGUGUUUCUAUAUAUUUCUUGGUGGCAAUUCAGAGUCACUAUUCAAUACAGCAGCACUAGUCACUGCAGUUAAGAAUUUCCCAGAAAGCAGAGGAAUCAUGGUAGGCCUUCUCAAAGGAUUUGUGGGUCUCAGUGGUGCAAUCUUGACACAACUUUAUCUUGCAGUCUAUGGUGAUGAUUCAGGUUCAGAUUCCCUCAUUCUUCUCAUAGCUUGGCUUCCUGCUGCUAUAUGUGUGUUAUUAGCUCCAACUUGUAGGAUUAUAAAGGUUGUUCAACAAGAGAAGAAAGAGCUGAAGCUUUUCUUUAAUUUUCUUUACACAUCUCUUGUUCUUGCUGGAUUUCUCAUGGUUAUAAUAAUUGUGGAGAGAUGUGUCAAAUUCUCUAAGACUGCAUAUGGUGGGAGUGCAGGUGUUGUUCUUAUCUUGCUUUGUCUUCCAUUAGCAAUUGUUUUAAAGGAAGAGAUUAAUCUCUGGAAAAACAACAGAUCAAACUCCUUGAACAAUUCUGAUUCUUCCCAGUUCAGAUCAGUAAUUGAGGAGCCUAUAGAUAGAACUGAAACUGCUGUUGAAUCAAUUCCACCUACAGAGCAAGUGCCACCAUUGAGUACUACUCCAAUUUCUCGCUUGACCCGGAUGUUAAAAGCUCCACAAAGAGGUGAAGAUUACACUGUUUUACAGGCGCUAUUGAGCUUGGACAUGUUUAUUCUCUUUGUGGCAACAAUUUUCGGCAUUGGCGGGGCAUUAACCGCGAUUGAUAACAUGGGACAAAUAGGAAUUUCUCUUGGGUACCAAUCUAGCAACAUAAGCACAUUAGUAUCACUUGUAAGCAUAUGGAACUAUCUGGGACGAGUUGCAGCAGGGUUUGUAUCUGAGAUCUUUGUGAGGAAAUAUAAACUGCCAAGGCCAUUAAUGCUCACUAUGAUCCUCUUCCUGUCAUGUGUUGGUCAUCUUCUUAUUGCUUUUGGUGUUCCAGGUUCUCUUUAUGUAUCCUCUAUGAUCAUUGGGUUCUGUUUUGGGGCAGAGUGGACAUUGAUAUUGGCCAUGAUAUCUGAGAUUUUUGGGCUCAAGUACUACUCUUCACUGCUGAACUUCGAAGCCAUUGCAAGCCCACUUGGUGUGUAUGUUCUCAAUUCUAUUGUUGCAGGACACCUUUAUGACAAAGAGGCAAAUAAACAAAUGGCUAAGUUGGGGUUCAAGAGGGCCAACAGGGAGGGCUUGGACUGCAGUGGACCACAAUGUUAUAAACUCUCAUUCAUUAUAAUUUCAGCUUUGACAUUGUUGGGAUCUUUGAUCUCUCUUAUUCUGGUGCUUAGAACAAGAAAAUUCUAUAGAAGUGACAUCUACAGGAAGUUUAGAGAAGAAGAGGUGGAAAUGGAUAUGGAGAUACAAGAAUCCAGAGAAAGAAAUGUUGAAAUGUCAUCUUCUCUAGAAACAAUGGUGGAGCUACAAUAA